AUGGCUCACAGCAACGUUUGGGGCUCCCACCCUAAGGGAUACGGAAAGGGCUCGCGCUCGUGCCGCGUCUGCGCCAACCAGGGCGGAAUUAUCCGCAAGUACGGCCUCAACAUCUGCCGUCAGUGCUUCCGCGAGAAGGCCGACGCCAUCGGCUUCGUCAAGCAGCGCUAA